UACGGCUGCUGGUGCUAUCACUAGCCCGUAUCAUAUAUGUUCGACGAGUAUGCCUUGCAAGAACUGCUCGCUGCGUCCAAACUGAAAGCGGCUGGCGAUGGUGUCGAUUAGUGACAGUUGCCGCUCAUGCCAGACGUCCACUCACGCUUUCUGCGAAACACGAUGGACGACCAACGAGCCACAACCGAUUCAAUUGGUACCGUCGCCAUUUGGGGACUUGGUUUCGCGCCGAUACUGACAAUAUAUUAUGCCUUGAGAGGCGAGAUUUUUCCACGAGCAGCCAAUCAGCGAAAAGAUAAAUCAGGAGGACUGCCGUUCCAGGGAACGUCCAACACCCCCUUCGUUAAAAACAAUCUCCGUGGCGUUUACACUGAAUGCUUCCAGUGGCUGAAAGGGUACAAUAUCAACUCAUCUUCCUUGGGUAUUUCUUCGCGAACGAGUAAUAACGCGUCGAUUGCCUUACCUUCAUUAAUAGUCACAGAUCAUACGUUUGGUGUGGAUGCAGUGAGCAGCUGCGAUAACAUGAACACCGAUACCGAGGCUCUCUUGCCAACUUGUGUUGACGUUCCAGGGAUGUUGACAUCGGCAACGAGUAGUUCCGUCGUUGUUGAUGAACUGGGUGACGAAACUAAAGGCCUACCAUCGGACGUCGAUCCCGCUAACACAAGUCGCCGAAUGCGAAACAGAAGCUUUCUGCGUAAGCAUUCAAAUCUCACCAUGAGUACCGAUGAAGGAAUCGACAUGGACAGCGAACAUGAUAUCUUCAGCUCCAAAGACAGUGGACCUGACGAUUCGCCUACCGAACCUUCAAGUUCAGGGCAGAAAUUGCGAUGCGGGGGAUAUGCCUGGCACUCCCGGCAGCGGAGACUAUCUGGAUGUUCCCGGCGACGGAACUACCCUUUCUCAAUCUAG